UAAAACCAUCAACCUCAUCAACCUCGCUCGUCGCUGCCGCUUGCACCCCCCACAUUUUGGAAACCCGGCCCUCCAAUCCCCUCAAUUGAUACUUCCACGCAGAUCAAAAUGGGUAUCUCCGACUUUUUCUCCGACAUCAUCUCCUCCUUCAGCCUCCCCGAGGCCCAGGCUGAGGCUCCCGCUGAGAACGUUGAGCAGUCCAGCAGUCAGGAGACCGAGACCGAGGAGAAGCCUGCUGUGACCGAAGAGUCGAGCGAAGAGACCGCCGAGAAGACUGAGGAGUCCGCCGAGGAGACUCCUGAGGAGCCUGCCGAGGAGGAGCCCGAGCAGGAGGAGGAGGAAGAAGAGGAAGAGGAAGAGGAAGAAGAAGAGGAGCCUGAGGACAUCAAGCCCCAGCUCGAGGAGGAAUGUGCCAACUCCGCUCAGUGCGCCCCAUACAAGCACCACUUCGAUGAGUGCGUCGAGCGUGUCACUCAGCAGCAGGAGGACGCCGACUACAAGGGCCCCAAGGAGGACUGCGUUGAGGAGUUCUUCCACCUUGCCCACUGCGCUUCCGAGUGCGCCGCUCCCAAGCUCUGGAAGUCCCUCAAAUAAGCGUCUCGCCCCGGGACAAUUCCCGCCACGUUUCUCUUAUGGUUCAAUGACAACGAGUUUAACGAUGGCGCAUCAUGUAUGGACCAUCCGGAUGAGAUACGAAGGGGGAGCUGUGGAGGGAACUCACAGAAUACAAAACGUCAUGGCGGCUGGCUGUUUCCGCUUGU